GAGGCGGAGGCGGAGGAGGAGGAGGAGGGGGGCGAGAAGCGCGUGCCACUGUGCGGAGUCGGGGUGACCGAGGUGUCUCGACCUCACCCCCGAUCACAUCAGCUAAUCAGGUUGGAUAAUGUGGGCGCCUCUGCUUUUGGCCGGGUUCUUAAGCGGCUGGUGGGGCGCACUCGCGCUCGCUGCGGCACCCCCCGCCAUUCGGGACACCCUCGGGAAAACGUCCCGGGCGACGACAAGCAUCACCGAGGCGAGGCAUUAUCGUCCGCUGUCGAUAAGCGUGGUGGACGAGGCCGACGUUACGGGGUACCGCGAGUCGCGAGGAGGAAUUCAGGCACGCCCGUCGGGACCCUCGUCGUCCGAAAUUCGUCCCGUUCGUCGCGACCUCGAUUUCAGCUUGGUGAGUCUCGAAGAGGACCCCUUCAGAGAUGGGGAACGAUCGUCGGAGAGCGACGCGCGACAGAUCGCGUAUUACUUCACGACACGUGGCGCGACGUCGCCCGAGGUGGAUCCUGGAACUCGGCGGAUCGCGCCGGAUCCCGAGGGCCGACCGGAGGACCUCGCGAAGGACACCCUCCCCGCCGUCGAGACGCCGGAGACGCGCGGAUUACGCGGCGUCUUUCACCCGGAGAUAAACGAUUCCGGUCUGACUCGCGCGCCCCGUCACUCCUCGACGCAGGCACCCCUUGCGUAUCCCCCGGCGAUGGUCGUGUCGACACCGGCGGAGUCGUCGAUGCAGCGGCCGCGGAUCGCCAGAUCGACGAAGCAGAGACCAAAGAACCGCACCAGGGCGGACUCGCCGCGCGAGCAGCGGCGCCGUUGCAGAAACAAGGACCGGGGCUGCCGCGGUCAGAAUUGGUGUCCCGAUGUCGACGUGGGCAAUCGGGCCUACCUGGCGCCCACCGUGUUCGAGGGCAAGGCUCGCAGCAUGUCCUCGCGGAGGAAGCCCGGCCUGAACUACGCGGUGACCUUCGAGGUGAAGCAGGUAUACAAGAGCCAGCCGGGCUUUCAGCCGUUGCAGAAGAACGACAGCGUGCGGCUGCAUUUCCGCGACAAAUUGGUGCCUGGCAAGUCGACCGUGUGCAACAGCCACGAGGCCGGCAACAAGGGCAACAAGCAGCAACAGCGCGAUAAUCUGAGUGGUGUGGUGCGAGCCAAUAUUAAAAGGGGCAAAGUGUAUCUAGUGUUUGUGAAUCGCGUGGGACCCAGAAACUUCACGAUCCUCGGCGAGCCGGUGAUCCGAAACAAGAAGAACGAACAAGUCGUCCAAGCUGUCGUUCGACCGGAUUACGUGCGAGAAGUAACGUUGUCCGAACUCAGGGACUCGAUAGCGAGGUUACGGGAGAGAGUGAAGCUAGUAUGCAGGACGAGGGGUUCGCCGCCCCCGAGAGUGCACUGGCUGAAGGACGGUGUACCGCUGCACCCCCGAAGAGGCCUCAGGAUUCAGCACAAACGGCGGAGAUCGAAAGUCGUGAUAUCCUCCGCGAAGUCUGAGGACAGUGGCAGAUACGAAUGCGUGGCUGAGAGUACUUCCGGUCAUCAGACCUCACUUGCGGCCCAACUUCUAGUCACUCAUGAUCCCAGAAUUCCGGAAACAACGACAGCGGCGUCGGCGUGGCCGCGGCAGGAGCAGCCCUGUCCAAUAGCAGGAGAUUUUUGCAUGAACGGUGGUACCUGCCUAUUUUUCGAGACUGUCGGUGAACCAGCAUGCAAAUGCGCGGAGGGCUUCACGGGUCUGCGGUGCGAGACGAAGGACGUCAGCAGCACCGGAAAUAUGGAUAAGUUCUCUUCGUUCGCCGAGGACGUGACGCUCGCCCGCUUCUAGCGCAUCUAGCGGCACUGUCAAGCUUGCACAUCGGGACAUUCAUCGUGUUUUGUUUUGUUGUAGCCUCACCCAUCCGCCCGCCCCUCGCUCCCUAUUCCCAUACAGAUUCCUGCAUCCGCGACUUCGCCCUUCGCGCUCUUCUCGGGCUCUCUUCCUCAAGCGCGCCUUCUCGCGCUUCCACCCUUUACCAUAUUACUAUCAUCCACUGAUUCGCGUAAUCGUCUCGAGCAUUCGACGCUGCUCGCCCACCGUCACUUUUUUCCAAUUUCGCUCCCUCGAACCGUCUUCCUUCUAUCCGUCAUUCUUUACCUUUAUCGUUAUUCUACGUUUGGUUUGCUGUCUACCGUCAUCCACUCGACAUCAAUUUGCUUCGAGACGACGAUGGCAGCCACCAGCAGAAAAUAUCAUCGUUUUUCAAAGGAGAGCCUCAGGAGACGAAGCGAGCCGCCGACCAACGUCAUCCUCACACACAUCGCAUCCUGGACCGUCGUGAGUCGAAAUUUCGCCAGCUAGCGAACCCUCACGGAAACCGUCGCACUGAGCGUCCUUUCCCGUAGGACAAAAAGAUCCGGAGGAAGAGAUACGGCGAAAAGUUUUAACUAUGCGUCCGGAGCUCUUCGUCCUGGAUCGCGAAAAAGACUAUCGCAUCAAGUACUCGUACGCUGCCCAGAAGAAACCACCAACCCCUUCUACGAAUGGGAUUAGAAAACUUCAAACGACGCACCUUGCCACCUCAUCUGCAAGAAAACUUCCUCCAUUCGACGGGAAAAAAUCAUGAGACACGAUAAUGAACACGCGAAUGAACGUGGAAGAGGAUAUUACGAACUCGCUGCUACUUAUAAUCCAUUGCACUCUGGUUGUUUCCGUGGAGACAUUAUAAUAGUUAGCUUCUUAUAAACACCGUGGGUACAUAUACCUACUCAUUGAUUAUAGAUGUACAUUGUUACAUCAACAAAUUCUAAUCAUUGAAGGUUUACCCAUUAAGUAUGUAUUUUCUACUAAAUCAAUCCUGUCGGUCAUAUUUUAUAUUAGUAUUCUAAUACGUCUAAUGACUGUCAAAUAUCCUGUUAUUUUUCAGUUCAUAUAUUUCUUAGUAAACCAUGAUUUUAAAAAAGAACUCGAUAAGACAGUAAUUUUUCAAUCAAGAUUAUAUCAAAUUUGCAACCUUCAGUAAAAAAGAUGGCAACAUUACACAAAUAAAUUUGCUAAUACUAUUUUCUUCCACGAAAACAAUCGAUUUAAAGUCAAACGUCGAAACGAGGAACGAAAUCGAGGGACGAAAGUGCCCUCCUGAUUUCUGGUAGGACAGGAGAGGUGUGUCAAAGGUUCUCGUAACGCUCGUUUCCGGUGGGGUUUGCACAAGGAAAGCGGAAUAAGAGAGGAAAGCCGUCGUAAAACCAUACCAUAGGGCACGCUCAGAUCGACGUAGUACCACGGGGAUGUCGUGAUAUCAUUUUACGGGAUUGCAGGAAGAGGGACUCAUGAGGAUGAUCCCGAGUACCGUAAUAGGAUUUUCGGGAUCAGAGCUUUACGCAGGAAGGAUUGCGGUAUCUUUCGGGCACCAAAUAACGCAUAACGCGAAAUUUUCAGCUUCCGCAGACAGGAUGCAGCUUUAAUUAACAGAAUGUCCUACGAUCACGUAAACCAGUGAAAUUUUAACUAUACACCUGACUUGGUUGAUAACAGAAAACGAGAUAAUAAAUAUCAUAUCGUUAAUUACACGUCGUUCAUAAAAACAAAUUGAGAUUUAAAUAAACUUAUAAUUAAGCUAUUUUUGACAACACUAAACUUGACAAUUCUAUUAAUAAUUAAGAUACUUUUGUUUUAUAUUAUUAUUUUUACUUCG